GCGGCGGCGGGCGCGGCGCCAGCGCGGGACCUGCGCCCCCCGCGCCCCGAGCCCGCCCGGAGGCAGAGGGGCCCGCGGAGCCCCGCCGGGAGCGCGGCCGGAAUGAGCCAGGUGCCGAGGAAGCUGCCGGAGGAGGAAGAGGGGGACGAGGAGGAAGAGGAGGAGGAGAUCGUGGGCUUGGCGGGCUACGCCGACGGGGCCGAGUCCUUCUCGGACGGCGACGCGGAGAGCGGCGGCGAUGAGGCGUUUUUGGAUUUCAAUGAUCCCUUCAGUACUGAAGUUAAGCCAAGAAUCCUGCUCAUGGGAUUGAGAAGAAGCGGGAAGUCUUCCAUUCAGAAAGUUGUCUUUCACAAAAUGUCGCCGAAUGAGACUCUCUUCUUGGAGAGCACAAACAAGAUCUGCAGAGAGGAUGUUUCCAACAGCUCCUUUGUCAACUUUCAGAUAUGGGAUUUUCCUGGGCAAAUUGACUUCUUUGACCCUACGUUUGAUUAUGAGAUGAUUUUCAGAGGCACUGGAGCACUAAUAUUUGUUAUUGAUUCUCAGGAUGAUUAUAUGGAAGCAUUAGCUCGGCUGCAUCUUACUGUGACCAGAGCCUAUAAAGUGAAUCCAGAUAUCAACUUUGAAAUCUUUAUCCAUAAAGUGGAUGGUUUGUCUGAUGAUCACAAGAUUGAAACACAGAGAGAUAUUCACCAGAGGGCAAACGAUGACCUUGCAGAUGCUGGAUUGGAGAAGAUUCACCUCAGCUUUUAUCUGACAAGCAUAUAUGAUCAUUCUAUAUUUGAAGCAUUUAGCAAAGUGGUACAGAAACUGAUUCCACAGCUCCCAACACUGGAAAACCUGCUUAACAUCUUUAUUUCAAAUUCUGGGAUUGAAAAAGCAUUUUUAUUCGAUGUAGUUAGUAAGAUCUAUAUUGCAACAGACAGCACUCCAGUGGAUAUGCAAACUUACGAGCUCUGCUGUGAUAUGAUAGAUGUCGUGAUUGACAUUUCUUGUAUAUAUGGGCUUAAAGAUGAUGGCACUGGAACUCCUUAUGACAAAGAGUCAAUGGCAAUCAUAAAACUGAACAAUACAACUGUCCUUUAUUUAAAAGAGGUGACAAAAUUCCUCGCUCUUGUUUGUUUUGUCAGAGAAGAAAGCUUUGAGAGAAAAGGAUUAAUAGACUACAAUUUCCAUUGUUUUCGAAAAGCCAUACAAGAAGUAUUUGAAGUAAGAAUGAAAGUAGUAAGAUCUCGAAAACAUCAAAGCCGCAUGCAAAAAAAUAAGAGACCCACUCCCAAUGGGACACCAAGAAUGCCACUGUAACUGCGGUUUUCUGGCAAUGUGGCAAGCGAAUUUUUCAUGAAGUUGAUGUGACUUCUGCAUCUCAUUGCACUGAGUGAAGAGGAAAACAAAUGGGACUGAUGUAUUAUAAGACUUUUCCCUCAACGUUCAGAAAGCACUGUUUAAAUAUUUUUAUCCAAUCAGUUUUUUUCAUAUAGUGAGCACUUUGAGCAAAAUGUUGUGUAUAUAAACAUUGAGGUGAACACUUGUAAGAAUUUUCUUAAUAUAUGCUGUAAACCUUUUUCAUGCCAUAUUAAGAAAAAACAGCUGUGACAGAAAUACUGGGUACAUAAUUUGCACUUUUUCAUGUUUUCCUUGUGGAGUUGGACUUUGAUAAACUUAGUUUUUAUGGUGAUUUUGAUGCAUGGUGUCAGGUAAAACGUAUGCUGUAGUUUAUUUACCUGCUACAAUCAAAUUGGUUAGUAAACAAUUAAGAAAACUUGGUACAAUGCCUUUUAAAAUUUGUGACAGCUAAUACCUAACAUUCAUACAGAUCUAAUUUCGUAUAUUUUUCAAUUUGUAAACUGAAGAAUAAUUUUGAAGUAUUACAGCAAUAAGUACCUUACCAGGAAUCAUAACUGGUAGGUAAAUACUAGCUUUUAUAAAACAGGCUUUUGGCCAAAUUUCAUCUGGAGUUCUCCAUAACACUGGUCAUGCCCUCUCUUGGGUCUGUUUUUAUUAUUUACCUCAGCAUAUACCACUAAAAUACCUUUCUAUAAAGACAAUUGUUUUGUAAAAUGGCUCUAUGUUGCACUGGUAUUUUUAUAAGGCUUCAGAGAAGUGUGUUGUAUUUGUAAGUUGAAGUUACUUGCUAAGUCUGUCUUGAGAGCCUGCACAUGUACAGUUGGCGCAGUGAAGACUCUGUAUGUAUUUCCACUCCGACGUUCUGAUGUAUUGAUAAGAAGUAAAGAUGUGAGUACUGGGUUCUGAUUCCCUCUAACAGGGGUCCAUCUGUGAUUGAAAUCAAGAAGAGACCAUUAAAAUGAGGACUGGACAAUCUA